AUGUUGAGAUCUAUUAUUGCACAGAAGAGCGUCGUUCGUUCCUUAGCCACCUUCGCUUCCCCAGAAGCCGCUUUGCCAAAGAAGUACGGUGGUAAGUACACCGUCACCUUGAUCCCAGGUGACGGUAUCGGUCAGGAAAUCACCGACUCUGUCAGAACCAUCUUCAGAGACCAAAACGUGCCUAUUGAGUGGGAAGUGGUUGACGUGUCGGGAUUGGAAAACUCCGGCAAGAACGGUGUCGCCGAAGCCGUCGACUCGUUGAAGAGAAACAAGGUCGGUUUGAAGGGUAUCUUAUACACCCCCACUGGUGGUUCCGGUAAGUCCUUGAACGUUGCAUUGAGAAAGGAAUUGGACAUCUACGCCUCGUUGGUCUUGAUCAAGAACAUCCCAGGUGUCAAGUCCAGAUUGGACGGCAUUGACUUUGCCCUUGUCAGAGAAAACACCGAAGGUGAGUACUCUGGUUUGGAACACCAGUCCUACCCAGGUGUGGUUGAGUCGCUCAAGAUCAUGACCAGAUUCAAGUCGGAAAGAAUUGCCAAGUUCGCCUUCGACUUCGCUAAGAAGAACAACAGAAAGUUGGUCACUGCCAUCCACAAAGCCAACAUCAUGAAGUUGGGUGAUGGUUUGUUCAGAACCACCGUCAAGGACAUUGGUCAAGACUACCCAGGUAUCGAGGUCAACGACUUGAUUGUCGACAACGCCUCUAUGCAAGCCGUUGCCAAGCCACAACAGUUCGAUGUCUUGGUCACUCCAAACUUGUACGGUUCCAUUCUUUCCAACAUUGGUGCUGCUUUGAUCGGUGGUCCAGGUUUGGUUCCAGGUGCCAACUUCGGUAGAGAAUACGCCGUUUUCGAGCCAGGUUGUCGUCACGUUGGUUUGGACAUCAAGGGCCAAAACACUGCCAACCCAACCGCUAUGAUUUUGUCUGCCACCAUGUUGUUGAGACACUUGGGCUUGAACGACAACGCCGACAAGAUCUCCAAGGCCACCUACGACGUCAUUGCUGAAGGUAAGGUCAGAACCAAGGACAUUGGUGGUACUUCUUCCACCACCGAGUUCACCGACGCCAUCUUGUCCAAGUUGAACUAA